AAUAGCGGCACUGCGUUCUAACGGCCUGGACUAAGUGACCAGGGCGAUGCAGCGGGGCCUGCCGUUCCUAUUCGUCAUCAAUACGCCCUUUCAUUGAUGCCGGCUGUCUUUCGGUCAAUCGGAAUUCCUCACACCCUUUAACAGGCACGACGUAAACUGGUAGCAGGAGGGAGAGGAGAGCCGUCCGGGCUUCCUCCCCAGCAGGCAGCAGUUCGCGGCCACGCCGUCUGCAAGCUCCCUCUGUGACGUCCUGUGCCGCCGAGGACAGGCGACAACGCAGGCUCUUCCAUGAGGAAGUGGGGCUGGCGCAAGGCCGUGGGGACAGGCGUCCUGCGUUCUCACCGAGCUUCGCUUCGGGGACUGCACGCGCACGGACCGUAAUUCAGAUCUCAGGCCCGAGAGACACGUUUACGAGUUCUCGACCGGAAGACGCGGCAGAGGAGCCUCCGAACUACCUGGAGCCCAAACUACUGAGCGUUUUUUCGCGGCGACUUCCGGCCUCGGCUGAGAGUCAGCCUAUUCCUUCCGUUUUCCCUAGGUGCCAACCGAAAGGUAACUUUUCCCUUCCCGGAAGAGCCCACUCCGGACCAGCCAGGCUGUAACGCCUUAUUUCCGCUUAGCCACGCCCCUUUCCUCUUGACCGCGCUGCUUGAUUGCAUCACAAGCCGCAAACACAGUAAAUAUCGCGAGAUCUCCAGGUGCGUUCGCUUCUGAGCCGUAUGAGCUGCUUUUGUCCUCGCGAUAGUUCCGCGCACACGGAGCUCCGGCGACCCUGGCGUCUGUGAAACAUGGCGGUCGGCUGGGACCGGAGAACAAGCAGCGUGACUCUGUGAAGGAAGAGGAAGGCUUUCCUGAAGAUGAGGCGACCCAAUCGGAAAAAAACCUUAAGUUUGGUGAAAGAGUUGGAUGCCUUUCCCAAGGUUCCUGAGAGCUAUGUGGAGACGUCAGCCAGUGGGGGGACAGUUUCUCUGAUAGCGUUUACCACUAUGGCCCUGCUAACAGUCAUGGAGUUCUCUGUGUAUCAGGACACGUGGAUGAAGUACGAGUAUGAAGUGGACAAGGACUUUUCCAGCAAGUUGAGAAUCAACAUAGACAUCACUGUUGCCAUGAAGUGUCAGUAUGUUGGAGCAGAUGUGCUGGAUUUAGCGGAGACGAUGGUUGCAUCUGCAGACGGUCUAGUUUAUGAGCCAGCAACGUUUGAUCUUUCACCUCAGCAGAGAGAGUGGCAGAGGAUGCUGCAGCUGAUUCAGAGUAGACUGCAAGAAGAGCACUCGCUUCAAGAUGUGAUUUUCAAAAGUGCUUUUAAAAGCACAUCAACGGCACUGCCACCGAGGGAAGAUGAUUCAUCACUGUCUCCAGAUGCUUGCAGAAUUCAUGGUCAUCUGUAUGUCAAUAAAGUAGCAGGAAAUUUUCACAUAACUGUGGGCAAGGCGAUCCCACAUCCUCGAGGGCAUGCACAUUUGGCAGCACUUGUCAACCAUGACUCUUACAACUUUUCUCACAGAAUAGAUCAUUUGUCUUUUGGAGAGCUUGUUCCGGGAAUUAUUAAUCCCUUGGAUGGAACAGAAAAAAUUGCUGUGGAUCACAACCAGAUGUUCCAGUAUUUCAUUACAGUUGUGCCAACAAAGCUGCACACACACAAGAUUUCAGCAGAGACCCACCAGUUCUCUGUGACAGAAAGAGAACGCAUCAUUAACCAUGCCGCAGGCAGCCACGGAGUCUCUGGGAUAUUUAUGAAGUACGAUCUCAGCUCUCUCAUGGUGACAGUCACUGAGGAGCACAUGCCGUUCUGGCAGUUUGUCGUCAGACUCUGUGGUAUUGUUGGAGGAAUCUUUUCAACAACAGGCAUGUUACAUGGAGUUGGAAAAUUUAUAGUUGAGAUAAUUUGCUGUCGUUUCAGACUUGGAUCCUAUAAGCCUGUUCGCUCUGUGAGUGAGGUCCCCUUUGAGGAUGGCCACACAGACAACCACUUACCUCUUCUAGAAAAUAAUACACAUUAGCACCUCGAGUGGAGAAGACUUUUUGCCUGAGACAUAAAACCUUUUUUAAUAAUAAAAUGUGCAAUAUAGUCAAAGAAAAGAAACUACGAACGAGAACCUGGAAACAUACUUAAGAAACGGGAAAGAACGAAGGAGAAAAACUGAAGUUCUGUGUGUGUUGUGUCUGUUACAAAUGUCCUAGAAGAAAUGAUGUAGCUAAUCAGUGAAUCAGCCCAGCUGGAGCGUGCUGAGGACGGCACCUCCGAUUCCACGUGCACGGCUCGGCAGCUAAAAACCUGGAGGACGGGAGUGAAGCCCUUGCAGAAGGGCACUGAACGCAAAUGCUUGCGUCCUUUUGUUUUUAAAAGAUGUCACAAUAAAAUGUGUAAACAUAUGGAAACGUAGUCUAGACUUUAAAAAAACUGGUCAGCUCCUCUUGUUAAUAAAGGACAAUGGGCUGGCGGCCCCUUGCUGUAGCCAUAGUAACGUUAAGCCAUAUUGAGAAGACCACCCUGGCCGGGACCUUGUUCUCACGAAGGUAACUGCUUUGCUCUGAGAGCUGAUAAUCGUCGUCCUGUCGAAGGUAGACUGAGAAGACUGAGGUGCAGUCUCCCCAGGGCAAGGGUGUGAGUGCUGAGCUGUGUAACGGAGGUGCCGCUCACUGCCAGUGUGGUGGGGCUCCACAGGGGGAAGAAAGCGCAGCUUUAAAAGAAGAUGAAAACGCCUGCUUCUGAUGAUGAAGUUACCAGUUUGUGAGAUAUUGAGGAAGAAUAGAAUAUUGUAUACUGGUAAUGAGUGGGGACCAGGAUACCUAAGUGAGAUGGAGAUGUGAGGCAGUGUCUGUUAAACUGGGAAGCUGGACUGUGAAAGAAGUGCUGCCCUCAGUCUGUGCUAGACAGACUCCAGGACACUGGAAGCGGAGAGCCUGU